AUGUGCCAUCGGAUCAUGGACCGGGCCAUCUUGGAGGGCGGCGUCAACCUCGUCGAUACGGCCGAGCAGUACCCGAUCCCUUCCGACGCCCUGAACCCAGAGGGGAGGACAGAGGAGAUCCUCGGACGCUGGAUGGCACAGGACCGGACCCGCCGCGAGAAGGUCGCGGUCGCGACGAAGAUCACAGGCGGGCUCAACGUGAAUUCGAAGAACCUGCGGCAGGACCUGGAGGGGUCGUUGAGGAGGCUGCAGACGGACUACGUGGACGUCUACCUCACGCACUGGUCUUUCAGGAUAUCGCAGCCGCAGCAGAACUGGGGCCAGUCGCUGCAGUACCGGCAGGACGCGGAGCCCUUCGCCCGCCAGGCCGGCCAGGCGACCUUCGAAGAGGUAGUGCGGACCAUGGACCAGCUCAAGAAGGAGGGCAAGAUCCGCGGUUGGGGCUGCUGCAACGAAAGUCCAUACGGGGCCACGCGACUCGUGGCCACAGCGAAGGCGCUGGGAGCGACGCCGCCGUGCGUCUUCCAGAACGACUUCUCGAUGCUGAACAGGCGGUGCGAGGAGAACGGGCUCUUCGAGAUGGCGUCGCCCUACAACGAGAACGUCGGCUUCAUGGCCUACAACGCGCUGGCCGGCGGCAUGCUCACCGGGAAGUACCUCAACGAACCGGCGGCCAUGGACCAGCAGGGGACCAGCGCGUUCAAGCGCCUCGCGACGCCGCGCGGCCGUAUGGACGACCUGGGCUGGGGGCCGACGCUGUACCGCUACAGGAGCGACGCGGCGCUCGACGCCAUCAAGCGCUACGCCGCGCUGGCCAAGGAGGCGGGGCUGACGCAGACGGAGCUCGCGCUCCGCUGGUCCCGGCAGAGGGCGGGCGUGACGACCACGCUGGUGGGCGUGUCCUCGCUGGCCCAGCUCGACGAGGACCUCGCGGCCUUCCGCGUGGACAAGGUGUUGCCGGAGCGCCUGAUGUGGGAGAUCGACCGCGUUCACAUGCGCAACCGUCUGCCCAUUUUCUCCUCGGAGAAGGUCCAGGCAGAUUGGGACGGCGCCGGAGCCAUAGGCGAGCCCAUUCCGUGA